AGUCUGACUCUCUUUCAGUUCCGUUCCUCAAGUCGCUUUUUAUAUGUGUUCUGAACACUGUGUCCUUUUCUCUACCUCUUUCCUAUUCUGGUCCCAUUGACGUCUUCUCCCCUCUGUCUCUACCUUUCAUCGUGUUUCUUUGGGGCUGUGACUCCAGUUGUUAGUUAUGCCACCGUGGCCUUUGGUUAACUCUUAUUGAAACCGGGCCUGGACAACCAUCUGUCUCCAUCAUAUUAUACUUGACAAGACCUUCCACAAUAAAUUACCACCACUUCUACAACAAUAACACCCACAUACUACACUAGUCUUUGUCACCACAUCAACGUUUCUGCAUAACACCAUGGACGACGAUCAGUUUUCCUCGAUCGACUCGUUGCGGGGCACCCCGGAAUCAGACAUGCCCCUCACCGUCUCCCCCGCAGAUACCUCUUUGAACGACGAUGAAUGCGAUGAGCAGAGGACAGAUGAGAAGAGACCCGCCAAGAAGAGAAAGUCAUGGGGCCAGGAACUCCCAACCCCCAAGACCAACUUGCCUCCUAGCACUAGAAAACGAGCCAAGACCGACGAUGAAAAGGAACAGCGUCGUAUUGAGCGCGUUCUUCGCAACCGCGCCGCGGCUCAAACCUCCCGCGAGCGCAAGAGGCUCGAAAUGGAGAAGCUGGAAAACGAGAAGAUCCAGAUGGAACAACAGAACCAGUUCCUCCUGUCGCGUCUAUCUCAGAUGGAGGUUGAGAACAACCGUCUGAACCAGCAAGUCAUCCAGUUGUCUGCGGAGGUCCGCGGAUCUCGCAGCGUCUCUCCUAAGCCCGCUUCGCCGACCGCCCAAUCUCCUACUUUGACUCCCACCUUGUUCAAACAGGAGGGUGAUGAGCUCCCCAUGGAACGAAUUCCUUUCCCUACCCCGUCCGUCACCGACUACUCUCCUACCUUGAAGCCUUCCACUCUGGCCGAGUCCUCCGAUGCGACACAACAUCCUGCAGCGAUGUUGUGUGACCUGCAGUUUGGAAGCGCCCUCCCUCUCUUCGACCUCGGCUCCGGCGCAGAACCUAACGCUGCACGUGAUGUUGCAGCUCCUCUUUCUGACGAUGACUUCCACCGCCUAUUCCACGGUGAUUCGUCCGCUGAGCCUGAUACUUCGGUCGUUGAAGAUGGGUUCGCCUUUGGAGUUUUCGACAACGGAGAUAUAUCAGCAUUUCCCUUUGAUUCUAUGGUUAAUUUCGACCCCGACUCUGUCUCCUUCGAUGACAUCGACCAGCAGGCCCACGGUCUUCCGGAUGAGACUUCUCGCCAGACUUCUAGCGUGCAGCCCAGCCUUGGCGCGUCCACUUCGCGAUGCGACGGGCAGAGCAUUGCAGCUGGCUGUUAGCGACAGUCUUCCCCGGGGGCACCAGGCGGCCGCUAUUGAUGGCGUCGCAGGUCGACAGAACUGGGAGUCCCUAUUGACCAUGGCUUUGGUAAUUGACUGUCUCCAAAAGAAGCCAGGGUACCCUCGAAGACAACGAAAUACUACUUCUAAUAACAACAACGGUUUGAGAUUAACGCGGGUCGGGAAGCUUAUUGGGCAUCGGAGUUCUUCGCGGCGUUCGAAUUCGAAUACUAUGAGUGAGACAUUAUCGUCUCUGCUUAUGGGCAAGGAAUUUCUGUGAACGCAUUGUCGUUUUCGCUUUUUAUUCUUGCUUGUAUAUUACUUUGCACUUUUUAUGUGUUUUUUAAACUCACGUGUCACUGAAAUAUAGCUAGCGGUUGACCCGGCUAGCCAGAUAUGAAUUCGACGAAUAAUAAUACAAUAUUAACUAUUAUAUCUAUGG